CCUGUGACUGUGGGCAACCAAAAAAGCAUGAGUUAUCAGGACAUGUGUGCGCUCGUGUUUAGAAAGUGUGUUUUUUAUGUGAGCAUGUGUGUGUUGAAGGGAGUAUUGAUGUGUUUGUGUGUGCACAGUCCGUAGUUUGGGGAUGUUGGAUCUGGGAGGCUCACUCAAAAGAUGCUCAAACAAAGCUUUUUUUUUUCUUUCUUUUUCUUCCUAUUUGAAUGCUGAAUGGUGACUGGCUGGAUUCCUUUACUCAUGCUGUCGGUCCCGGCUUUAGGGUAAGUGUAGUUCACAUAGAGCGCCAAAAGUCCCAGUGAGGGAAAUAUUGGCAAGGAGGAUGUUUGUGUUUGGACUUGGCUGCUCAAGAGGAAUUGUGACUGAUGGAUUUUCGGUUCUAAAUGAAAAAAAACAACUGCAAUGUUCCUACUAAACCAUCAGAGUGAAUUGAUUUGUGUAAUGUAGCUAAAGGAGAUUCUGCAUGCAUGGCCAAGGGCUCUUACCUCACUUAUUACCCCACUAGCCUGUGGGCUGAAGGAUUAUGGGUAACCUCAUAAGCCGGCCCAGCUGCCUAGGCCAAAAGUCUAAGCACGUGAGGUCAGAUGAAGCCUUUCUGAAGGAGUGUUACCAACGGCGAAAAGUGUUGCAGCCUCCUGAUCAACAUGCACAAGAAAAGACCAAGAAAAGUGGGGAGUACGGAGACCAGGAGGCACAAGAACUGGAUCACAAGCGAGAUGAAGGGGCUCAUACACCCAUUUCUGAAAAGCCUCUCCGUAGUUCCCCAGCCUCCACAAUCAGGAGCACCAGUACUUUGGAUAAUGCAUGGCAGAGCACCCCCUCCCCGAUAAAAACAUCCCGUAAUGGCACACUUACAAGGAGGACGGUGCCCCCGGAGUUUGCAAGAUCCCCCUUGAGUUAUCCUGACAAGACUGCAGCAGAGAAAAGGGCCAGCUUUCAGAUGAGAGAUUCCAGAGAAGGGAGUCCCUGGUCGUGGAAGACUUUGGCAUCAAGGGAAGUAACAGAAGUGACAGAGGUGACGGAAACUGUUGUGACAGAAAUUGUGGAAGUGACGCAGUAUCCAACAGGCGAUAAAGGAGGGGACCCCAUUAUCACAAGAACUGUGCGAGUCCUGAAUGGAGUUGCUGAGGAACUUGCUGAGUUCCAAAGUGAUGGGCACUCAAGCUCAGACCAAGAUUCAUGUCUGGAAAAAUGGAGGGGCACCAAGGCUCCAUUGGCCCUGAGAGACAUAUCUACAGACACCGAGACAUUCCUCCAAAACCUGGAAGCAUUGCUCACAUGGGUGUGUGAGAUAGAGGAGCUGACAGCAAAUCAAAAACCUCCAUCUUCAGAGGUCAAAGUGGUCAAAGCACAGCUUCAGGAACAAAGGCUUCUGCAACGCCUCCUGAAAGACAGAUGGAAAAGUAUGGAUGCUAUGUUGUCCGAGGGUCCUCGGCUCGUGGAGGCCCACCCAGGGGAGGAGGGGGAGCAGGCAAAGGUCAAGCUCUCUGCUCUCAAACACAAGUGGGAGUCCUUACACCAAGUGGCAGAGCAAAGGAGGGUCAGUCUGGAGUGCAUUUUACCCAGAGCCCAGCACUUCCAGGAGGGUGCAGACAAUCUGCAGCUGUGGCUUAUAUCUGUGGAGCAGGUCCUCGCUGAACUACGUAACGCAGAGCGAGUGAUGCUGCAUCUCUCAGAAGCCACAGAGAGAGCAAAGGCUGUCGCUGAUGAGAUUCAAGUUAAAACUGCUGAGCUCGGAAAACUUCAGAACGCAGGCCAUGAUCUCAUGGAAGUGAUCUCAGAGGACGAGGGUCACCAGGUGCAAGGGAAGUUAGAUGGCCUCCGUAUCCGAUGCUCUGUACUAAAUCUGAGCAGCCUGGAUGUACUUCAAAGGUUGGAACAAGCCCUGGAGGCCUCCAGCCGCUGUACAUCCAGUCAGGAGGACCUUCACCUGUGGCUAGGCCGCAUUGAGAGAGAGCUCCUGGGUUCAGCUGGGGCUCAGACACAUGCUGGAGAUGCAGUGCUGUGUGUAGCUGAAAGACAGAGGCUGGAACAGGCUGUGGUAAAGGAGGUGACUUGGUUCAAAGACACAGCACUGAGACUUGAAAAGCUGAAAACUGUUCAUCUGGAUCCACAGCUCAUAUCGGAUCAACUCAAUGAGCAGAAGAUUUUGGCUGUGGAGAUCCUCCAACACAGGUUUAACAUUGAGAAGAUGGUUAAGAUUUCUGAAAUCUUGCAAACAUAUAGUGAUGAAGGCGAGGCACCCAAUCUGCAGACACCAUUGGAUGCCUUACAGGAGCAAUGCUUCACCACUUCAGCCACUAAUUCCCAUGUGGUUCUACAGCUUGAACAUGCUCAGUCACUACUUGCCCAGUUUUCAGAGGGCCAUGCUGAGGUGUCACCCUGGCUAGAAGAAACAAAAAGCCUCGUCGGGCAACUCUCCCUCAGCACAAUUAGCUAUGAAGCAUUCCGCGAAAAACAAGACCUUUUACAGGGUCUGAGGGAGUCAAUAGCAGAGCAUAGACCCUUGAUCUCACGCCUAUGCUCCUUGGCAAAACGCCUGUCAGAGCUUAAUCAAAUUCAAGGAGAGGAAUUUUGUCAUCUGGCUACGGAUGCUGAGGAGCGGCACCAAGAAAUCAGAAACCAUGUCAGGGAGACUGCCAGUAUUCUCGAAGAGUCCUUACCCAGAUUCACUCAGCUGAACGAGAGAAUGAUUCUCCUCAGAGAAAGGCUUGACCGCCUGCGCAGUCGAAUCCAAACUCCGACAUCGCUUCAAGGUUUGACAGCAAGGAUUCAAGAGCAGCUGCAAGACAACAAGCACACAUUGGCCGAACUCUCCAAGUUGGAACUCAGCCUCAGCAAUGUCAAGACACAGACGGAUGAGUUGCUGGCUAACACACAAGCAACUGGGGAUACGUCCAUUGGCACAGUAAUCCAGGAGCAAGUGACCAGCUUUUCCCAGCUGUUGUCUGAGACACAUAGUGAGGUUCAAGAGAAGGAAAAGUGGCUGCUGAAAUUGCUGGAUCUUUCCAUGAAGUUUUGGAAUGAUAUUGCCAAUGUCACAUCAGCUCUUAAUGAAGCUCAGCAGGCAGUUUUGGAUCUCAAUACAAGUCAGACGGAUACGGAAACAAUUCGCCAGAGCCUGGAGACCAUGCAGUCUGUCAGAGAGGAUAUUGACACUUUACAAGGAGAUCUAGACACUCUUGGUGUUCUUGGAAUGGACCUGAUGUCAGCAUGCGGGGACACAGACAAACCAGAUGUUACAAAGAGUCUGGAUGAACUUUAUUGUGUGUGGAACAUUUUGAGCAAACUGUGGAAUGACUGUCACAAGAAGCUGGAGGUGUCAUUGCAGAUGGCCAUACAUUAUCAAGAAACUAUGCAGGGACUUUUUGAGUGGCUGAAAUCUGCAGAGCUGAGAUCAACUGAAGAGUUCAUGGUUGGAACUGACCUGGAAUCAGUCAAAGAGCAGCUUAGGGAUCUUAAGGAAUUUAAACGAGAACUUUACCAGAAGAAGAUUGAAAUAGAAAGCCAAAACCAUCGCUUUGUGUGUCGACUGUCUCCUGGCUCCGAACGUCCAUACUCAGUCUCACCGCUGUGCGACUUUCGACUGCGUUGGGACAGUCUAGAGUCUGAGACUGUCAACAGACAGCAUCAAUUAGAAUCUGCGUUACUCGGACUGGGUCAGUUCCAGAACGCACUGGAUGAGGUGCAAUCAUGGCUUGCCGGUACUGCUGAACAACUGCAGGGUAAGCAGCCAAUUAGCAUUGACCUGCAGGCUUGUGAAAUAGAGCUGGCCAAACAUAAGGUUUUGCGAAAUGAUGUCCUUUCUCAUGUCCGCACUGUGAAGUCCCUGAACCAGGCAGGCAAGGAGUUGCUGGAGGUUGGGUCUGGAGACUGUGUGCAUGCUUCACAGUCUCGACUGGAGCAACUCAAUGAAAGCUGGGAGUUUGUUCUCUGUGAGACGGAACGGUGUCAGCUGGAAUUAGAAAACAGACUCAGUCAGGUGCAAGAUAUUACAUUGGAGAUUCAGGACCUCCUGCAGUGGCUGGACAACACAGAUAUCCGAUUGUCGUCGUCCAUAACCGUGUGGGGUAUGCCAGAGUCUGCCACUGAGAGACUUAAUGCUCAUGUUGAGUUGUGCAAUGAGAUGGAGUCAAAGUGUCAAAUGUACACAGAUAUGAAAAAUGCCAUCUGCAGAAUGCUUGAAGACAGUAAUGUUGUGCGGGGAUCAAGUACAGAGCACAGCCUGUCAAUCCUGGAACAAAGAUGGACUUCUGUGUACAACAAAGUUCAGGAGCGAAAGGCAAAGCUUACAAAAGGCUUGAUUCUGGCCAAGGAAUUCCACAGGAACGUCAAGGACCUUCUCACUAAGAUGACACAGUGUGAGGAGUCUAUCAGGGUCCUACCGACUCCCAGCUUCGUUCUGGAGACAGUUUGUAACCAACUGCAGGAUCACAGAACACUGUCUAGUGAAGUCAAUGGUUAUGGUGAGAAGAAAACCACGGUGGAGAAUGCAGGCAGCAGACUUGCAGAACUUAGUAGGAAAGAAGACUGCGAUGUUAUCCAUAAUCUCAUCAUGACUGUCCAGGAUCGGUACAAAAAACUCCAGCAAUGUAUUUCAGACAGAGGCAAGAUACUGGAUGAGGUCAAAAAGAAUGUCAAACAGUUUAAUAAACUCUGGCAUCUCCUGGUGGAGUGGUUGACAGAGGUAGAAGCAACCUUAGACACACACAAAGAGAUUGCGCCAUCAUAUGAGGAGAUUAAACAGCAGCUAAUCGAGCAGAAGGAGUUCCAGAAACUCCUGAGAUCCAAGAGACCCAUGUAUGAGGCCGCGCUGAAAAGUGGCCGCAACCUUCAUGAGAGCGCUCAAAGCAGCCAUGACAGACAGCACCUGAAAAACCUUCUGUCUGAACUCAAAGACACAUGGGACACUGUCAGUGGAAAGUCUAUGGAGAGACAACAUAAACUGGAGGAAGCCUUGCUGUUCUCGGGGAGAUUCACUGAUGCUCUACAGGCACUAAAUGACUGGUUGUAUAGAGCUGAGCCCCACUUGGCUGAGGAUGUCCCUGUUAGUGGAGACAAAGACACAGUCAACAAUCUGAUAGACACACACAAGGUAUUCCAAAAGGAGUUGGGGAAGCGAGCCGGGUGCAUCAAGACCCUUAAGCGCUCAGUCAGGGAUUUGACCAGGAGCAGCACAGCUGAUGCACACUGGCUGCAGGAGCAAAUGGAUGAACUGGAGAGCCGCUGGGAGGUGGUUUGCAAGCUAUCAGUCAGCAAGCAGGACAGACUGGAGAUUGCACUUGAGCAGGCUGAGCAAUUUGAUGGCCUUGUCCACACAUUCAUGGAGCACCUUACUGAGGCAGAGGGGACAUUAAAAUAUGGGGUCAUACCAGAUGAGGAAAAGGGUCUGCUUACCUUCCGCAAACAACAUGAGGAGUCAAUGGUUACUUUGCAGGCUCGGGCAGUGGAGUUGGAGAACAUCCAGCGUCUAGGUGACGAGAUUCUCUCAUCCUGUCACCCAGACUCUAUUAUUACCCUUAAGUCUUGGAUGGGUGUUGCCAAAACCCGCUAUGAGGAGGUUCUGACAUGGGCCCAGCAGCAGGACCUAAAGAUCCAGACCAGUUUAGCAUCACUGGAGGCGGAGCGAGAGGAAGUCCAGAGGCUGUUGGAGUGGAUCUCCUCAGCACAAGAAGCUGUCAACAUCAGAGAUGAAGAGCCUUUGCCUGAAAACACAGAACAGAACCAAGAACUGAUUGAGCAACACGCCGAAUUCAUGAAGGAGUUAAAUAUAAAGUUCCCAGAGGUUGAAAAUGCAACUAAGUCUUGCAAACAUAAAAAUGUUUCUAAACAGCAGAUUUCUCCCAGCAAACGGCCUUUCAUAAAGAGAAGGAGCAUAAUGAAGCUGCAGCCUGCGGCACCAAUCCCCCUGGAGCACCUUGACCCACAGACACCGCAGCUCAGUCACCUGGUCAGUCAGUGGCAGAAACUUUGGCUCCUGGCUCUGGCGAGACAAAAAUAUUUGGAACAACACCAGCAAUCACUCAAAGAGAUGGAAGAAUUUGCCAACUUUGACUUCAAUGUUUGGCGAAAACGCUACAUUCAGUGGAUCAGUCAUUUGAAGUCUCGGAUCUUGGACGUGUUCCGCAACAUUGACAGGGAUCAAGAUGGACGCAUCAGUCAGAAAGAGCUCAUCGACUAUGUUCUUGCUUCUAAAUUCCCCACCAACUCUUUAGAGAUGAAUGCGGUGGCAAACAUCUUUGACAUCAAUAGUGACGGCUUCAUUGACUACUACGAGUUUGUGAGUGCGCUGCACCCGAGCAGAGAUCCCUACAGGAAAACUCUGGAUGCGGAUCAAAUCAAUGAAGAGGUAAGCCGUCAGGUAUCUCAGUGUAACUGCCCUCGGAGGUUCCAAGUGGAGCAGAUCAGUGCCAAUAGAUACAGGUUCGGAGAUUCCCAACAGCUGCGGAUGGUUCGGAUCUUGCGCAGCACACUUAUGGUCAGAGUGGGAGGAGGUUGGACUGCUCUAGAUGAGUUCUUGGUGAAGAAUGAUCCCUGCAGAGUAAAAAGUCGGACCAACCUGAAGAUCAAGGAGAAAUACUUGUCUCCAACAAACAGCGCCUCUAAAGGAUUGACUGUCAGCAGGUCUAACUCAAGCCUCAGUCUGUACAGCAGUGCCUCUGCCCCCACCAGCCCCAUGACACGCAAGGCUUUACUCCGCCGAAGCCUCUCAGGUGACCGCUGCAUUCGUCCGAGAAGUUCCAUCGCUGCUCUGGGAUCUGAACUCCUGUUUGUUACGACUGAGGGAGACGACAUGUUAUCACCAUCAGAAGAGGCUGAGAAGCUGCUACCCACAUGAUGGCCUUUGCCUCCGAGGUCCUUGUGUCUUCUGAACCUAAACAGCCCCACGGCCCUGAGACACGGUGAUAAGUAGAAGUACAGUGAUUGAGAGGCCAAAAAAAUAAAGCAAAAAACAAAAGCAGGUUCUGAAAAGAAAGUGCUGUUGGAGGUCAGGAUGCAGAAGCAUUUGCACCUUUUGUGAUGUCUAUGUGAAAAUACUGACAUGAAAACUGUCCCUCCUGGUGUGAGUCAUUUUAUAUUCCCUGUUUCAAUUCACACAGACUUUCAUUGCAUAGAAAAUUGUUUUUUUAUGCAUAGAAAUGUAAUGCAUGCUAGCCUGAACCUUGUAAUAUCAUAAAGUGCCAACAUUUGUGCACAUACUGUGUUUCAAAAACACAAUUACCCAAACAUAUUAGUAUACCAGCUGCAUACAGUAUGUUCAACUGUGGGAUGUUUUUUGUCGUUUUCCAUAAGCAUGAUGUCGUCGUCAGCGGGCCACACGUUUGUGUCUUUUACUCUUUCUGAUGCUUUUAAGUAAUUGAGCUUAUUUUUUUAUUUUGUUUACAGUCCUGCAAUGUUAGGAUAUUUUAAACACCGAAGAUUGUCUACUGAACAACGCACUGAUUUUUGACAGGUUGUAGAGAUUAUUUGCUCAGGAUUGGUUUUGCAUUUGGAUGUAUUUUUUUAUAUGCUGUGGAAAAUAUACUGUAUACGUUUUCAUUUUUACUCUAGCAAGGUCUUCUUUAGCACUUUUUUUUCCAUUUAAAAAGCACUUUCUGUGUCAGAGAAAGAAAUUUGACAGUUGUGAAGUACAUGUCGAAAUGCCAAACUGUAAUUCUGUGUACAUAGUUCAUGAAUUUUUACUCAACUACUGCAUACUUUCUUUUUCAUAUUCAUUAUCUUGUACCAAAAGUGUCUGUCUUCCAUGCUUUUUUCUAUCUUUCCUUUUACGUUUCUUCGUUUCCAAUAAUUUAACUUUAGUGCUCUCGUUUGAAUGUGUUAAUGUGAGACCACUUUACCCUGAGAUAGCGAGAAUUGCAAAUUCAAAUUCAGCCAAAUUCUUAACUUUUCAAGGCAGCAAACACGCUAAAUAUUUGGCUUUUUUCUUUUACUACAGUUUGGGCCUGAUCUACACAGAUCCAAAUAAGACAAGCUGAAUAGCAUGUGCAAACUAUAAAAUUGUGUGUACUAUUAGUGGUACAUGCAACUUGGUAUAAGUGCUAAAGCGGUGCAGCCUGCCCUAUUUAAAUGAGGUGUUUGCGUGUAUAUAGGCUGCUACCAUGGAUACACUCAUUUCCCUUCAUAUUUAUGGAAUCAUAUGCUCCAACCUGUAGUGUUUAUCGUCUUGUUGUUGACAUGCAGCACACAAAUCUUUAUACCACCUAUUAUGGGCUAUAUAGAAGCACAAUCUAGACAAUAUAACCUAUUUUUAGUGCGCUGAAGGUGCACUCUGGAAGGUGCUGUGUUGUUGUGAAGGUGCAUCUGGAAUGAUCCAAAUCCAAGACAAUGCCUAUUGCAAGAUUUGUUGUUUUUUAUAGGCGAUAUGUCACUAUAAUAUACUGUUUCCCCAAUAUUGAAAACAACACCACCAAAACGGAUCAAAUACAUUAGUUUUAAUCAGCAUUCAGCAGCUAUAUAAUGAUAUUUCUGAAUCGGGGAUAUGUCAUUAUUUUGUAUUUAUGAUAGUGCAAAUAUGUUGACACACAUGUUUGAUGGAAGAUUAUUAUUAGUCCAUUGCCUUUGACACAAAUGUUUGAUGGAGGAUUAUUUGUCCAUCGCCUUUCCCGGGCAUCUGUACUGCCGUUUGUGCGUAACUGUGCCACUUUUCACGUUUUCAAAUACAAAACAGCGGACACAGAGCAAUCUUAGCCUUGAUAAAUCACAUUGCGAGUGCCAGAUAAUUAUAUUUGCAUCACCUUCCUCCGGUAUUGUUGGCGUUUUAAUAAUCAGCAUAUAUUCUGCAUAUACGAAAGGACAAACACGCCAAUUUGGAUGGUGCUCUCUAUUUUGUACAUUUAAGGGAAUGAUUCCUCCGCACAUGUGCUUGGUAGAUCAACAUUGUGUGCGCUAUCAGGUUUGCGCAUGUUUUAUUACACGCAAACCUUUAGUAAAUCAGGCUCUAAAUUUACAUUACGAUUAUGACCUACUCCGAGAUUGUCCUAAAUUUGUUCAUUGUAUCAUUAUAUGGUUAACAAAAGAACCCCCAACAUUGUAACUUCUACUAUGCACCCCAACCUUUCUCUACUGUCACUAAUCAUUCUAUGUCUACCUGUACAAGUGAAUACAUGUUUUGCUAUGAAAUAAA